UAACUUAAACAACAAUGAUUUCAAAGGACUUUAGGUCAUUCUGAAGUGAUCGUGUCACUGUGUUUUGUGAAAUUCUGUUUCGGGGGUCAUACGACCUUUCGUUUUGAACAAAAUAGCGAUCAAAAAGGAACACUUGAUUCACAGAAUGAAGGACUUAUGGACAUACAUGUAUAGACAUAUAUUUCUGUGUUAUUUACGAACAAGACAUUUGUGUAUUAUGUCGUUGAUAUUAAGCGCAGCUUGCGGCACAUACAUUAUACGCCCUGCUGAUUACACCGCACCGACCAACCCGUGCAGAGAUCAGGACCGAUAUUGUUCUAUCAAGUGCACCGUCUUAAAGCUGCAUGGUACCUUUAACUGCAGUUUUUGCGUGUGCAAUGAUAAGGAAAACUAUGUAAAAUGGGACACCACCCCUGCAAGCCAGAUGUCAACACAAAUACCGACAACUCUCGCCCCUGACCACAUCAAGGCAAACAAUAUCGAGUACCACAAAGUCAGCGACCCAUGUGACCUUGCCCUUGAUGGCACUUGCCCUGUGAAGUGCACUGAGGUAGCAAUCAACAGAAGCGGCACAAAAUGUACACAAUGUGAUUGCCAUGGAUCUGCAGUUUUGUUUGGUUGAACAGAGACCUCGUGCAAAGAUAUAAAGGAAGUUGUGAUAUAUAUAUAGUUGAAUCUUUGAUAUGUAACCAUAUACGCAAGCGGCGAUAUUCAUAAUUAUCUCUACAAUUACACGAAUCAGUGUUAAGCUUGGACAAUGUGAUUCGAUGUAAAAAGGCAUGCUAGACUAUCUUUAUCAAAGUCAUGCAAAGAUUUCACUUAAAUUGAAUGUAUAUUAAGCUUAAGUAUUCACGACAUAUGACAUAUGCAAAUAAAACGUUGAAACAAUUAUAUGUAGAUUUGAAUGCAGAGUUCCAUGCCAGACGUUGAAAGAACUUAUAUGCAAAAGACUACACCAAGUGCAAUUUAGACAUUGAAACAAUAUUAGCAGACGCAUACAUAUACGGCAUCAGCAAGUUGCGUCAUAUUCGGGCACUACCGUUAUUUCAACACAACGGAGUGCAUGAAAGAAAACUUCGCAGUCUAUUUAGAACAUUAUGAGGAUAACGUUGUUGUACAUCCAACUUAAGUCCGCAAGAAACGUGUAUGUGGCAAAACAGGCAUCUAAAAUGCUAACUGAUACGUUGAAGGUAUGUCAUGAAAGAUUGCGUGGUGCUACUUGUACACGCAAAUGCAUGUGUGAAACACUUUAUU